ACACCUGAGAGUGCAGAAUGAGACACACGGAAACAGUGUGGACCUUCCAGGCUUGCUCAUGGUCAUAGCUCAUCAUCGCCUUCGUUAUCAUCACACAAGCUGAAUGCUGAAUUUCCCUCUUUUCAAGAUUUCUUCAUAUAGACGCCGCGGGUUUGUAAUUUAGGGCUGACCACCCUAAUGGCGACUACGUCGCAGUCCCACCGCUACUGCGGCCCUGCCUCCACUGGACCGGGCGGUGGCAGCUUCGACGCACUCAAUCGGAUCCUGGCUGACCUCUGCACUCGUGGCCAUCCCAAGGAGGGUGCUUCACUCGCUCUCAAGAAACAUCUGGAGGAAGAAGCUCGUGACCUUAGCGGUGAAGCUUUUUCUCGUUUCAUGGAUCAGUUGUAUGAUCGAAUUUCUAGUCUUUUAGAAAGCAGUGAGCCAGCUGAAAAUUUGGGGGCCCUAAGGGCUAUUGAUGAGUUGAUUGAUGUGGCACUUGGGGAGAAUGCUUCUAAAGUCUCAAGAUUUUCCAGUUACAUGCGGAAUGUGUUUGAAGGGAAGCGCGAUCGUGAAAUUUUGGUGCAUGCUAGUAGGGUCCUGGGCCACCUCGCUAGGGCAGGCGGAGCAAUGACUGCGGAUGAAGUGGAACGCCAGGUUAAAAUUGCUCUGGAUUGGCUCAAAGGUAAUAGAGUGGAGAAUCGUCGAUUCGCUGCUGUUUUAAUUUUGAAAGAAAUGGCAGAAAAUGCUUCAACUGUCUUCAAUGUUCAUGUACCUGAAUUUGUUGACGCCAUCUGGGUUGCUUUGAGGGAUCCAGAAUUGCCAGUUCGUGAACGAGCCGUGGAGGCAUUGCGUGCUUGCCUGCGUGUCAUUGAGAAGCGUGAGACACGAUGGCGUGUUCAAUGGUAUUACCGAAUGUUUGAGGCAACACAAGAUGGAUUGGGUAAAAAUGCCCCAGUGCACAGCAUACAUGGUUCAUUGCUGGCAGUUGGAGAGCUUUUAAGGAAUACUGGUGAGUUCAUGAUGUCAAGAUACAGAGAAGUUGCUGAAAUUGUCCUCAGAUACCUAGAGCAUCGGGACCGGCUUGUUCGUCUAAGCAUAACUUCACUGCUGCCUCGAAUUGCACAUUUUUUGCGUGAUCGUUUUGUUACUAACUACCUGACAAUAUGCAUGAAUCAUAUCCUUGCUGUCUUGAAAAUACCCCAAGAUCGUGAUAGUGGGUUCAUUGCUCUCGGGGAGAUGGCUGGAGCAUUGGAUGGGGAACUCAUCCAUUAUUUGCCGACAAUAACUACUCACUUACGUGAGGCGAUUGCUCCGCGUAGGACUAAACCUUCACUUGAGGCCUUGGCUUGUGUUGGAAGCAUUGCGAAAGCAAUGGGCCCUGCUAUGGAGCCUCAUGUACGUAGUCUUUUGGAUAUUAUGUUUUCUGCUGGUCUUUCAACAGUGCUUGUGGAAUCCCUGGAGCAAAUAAGUACCAGCAUUCCAUCAUUGCUGCCAACCAUCCAAGACCGGUUGCUGGACAGCAUAUCUAUGGUUCUUUCUAAGUCCCACUAUCCUCUGGGGAGGCCUGCUGCAAGCAUGGGCAGAGGAACAAUGGUGAAUGUACCUCAGCAAGUUUCAGAGCUGAGUGGUUCUGCCUUAGUACAACUUGCUUUGCAGACUCUUGCUCGUUUCAACUUCAAGGGCCAUGACCUACUGGAGUUUGCCAGGGAAUCAGUUGUUAUCUACUUGGAUGAUGAGGAUGGAGCCACUCGAAAAGAUGCGGCAUUAUGUUGCUGUAAAUUAGUUGCAAAUUCCCUUUCUGGUAUAGCAUGCACCCAUUAUGGUUCUAGCAGGUCAAAUAGAUCAGGGGGAAAGCGGCGCCGCCUUGUUGAGGAGCUCGUGGAGAAGCUUCUCAUUUCGGCUGUAGCAGAUGCUGAUGUUAAUGUCCGCCACUCUAUCUUUACUUCUCUACAUGGAGAUAGAGGUUUUGAUGAGUAUUUGGCACAGGCUGAUAAUUUGAGUGCAGUAUUUGCUGCUUUAAAUGAUGAGGAUUUUGAUGUUCGAGAGUAUGCCAUUUCUGUUGCUGGAAGGCUAUCGGAGAAAAAUCCUGCAUAUGUUCUUCCAGCGCUUCGCCGCCAUCUUAUACAGUUGUUAACAUAUUUAGACCAGAGUGCAGAUAGCAAAUGCAAGGAAGAAAGUGCAAAAUUACUUGGUUGUUUGAUAAGGAAUUGUGAAAGGCUAAUACUUCCAUACAUUGCUCCAAUUCAUAAGGCACUUGUAGCGAGACUUAUUGAUGUUAAUGCCAAUACUGGAAUUAUAAGUGGAGUUCUUGUAACUGUGGGGGAUCUUGCCAGAGUGGGUGGUUUUGAGAUGAGGCAAUACAUUCCUGAACUUAUGCCUCUAAUUGUUGAAGCAUUAUUGGAUGGAGCAGCUGUUACAAAGCGUGAAGUGGCUGUUAUUACACUCGGUCAAGUUGUGCAGAGCACUGGUUACGUCAUAACUCCAUAUAACGAGUAUCCCCUGUUACUUGGCUUACUCUUAAAAUUACUGAAUGGUGAAUUAGUUUGGUCCACCAGACGAGAAGUCUUGAAGGUACUUGGGAUUAUGGGUGCUCUAGAUCCUCAUGAGCAUAAGCGAAAUCAACUUAGGUUGCCCGGGCCUCAUGGAGAAGUUACACGUCCUGCCAGUGAUUCUGGUCAACAUAUGCAGUCUAUGGAUGAAUUCCCUAUGGACCUGUGGCCUUCUUUUGCGUCAUCAGAAGACUAUUAUUCCACGGUUGCGAUUAAUUCCCUUAUGCGUAUAUUGAGGGAUCCAUCACUUGCCAGCUACCACUUAAAGGUGGUGGGGUCCCUCAUGUUCAUAUUCAAGUCAAUGGGACUUGGCUGCGUACCGUACUUGCCAAAGGUUUUGCCCGAUCUAUUUCAUACUGUCCGUACAUGUGAAGAUAGCUUGAAAGACUUCAUCACAUGGAAGCUUGGAACUUUGGUGUCUAUUGUGCGCCAGCAUAUCCGUAAAUACUUGCAAGAGUUGCUUUCUCUGAUAUCAGAAUUGUGGUCAUCGUUCACUCAUCCAGCACCAGCACGUCCUUCCCUUGGCUAUCCAGUUCUCCACCUAGUUGAACAGCUUUGCUUAGCUCUCAAUGAUGAAUUCAGAACAUAUCUUCCAGUUAUUCUUCCAGGCUGUAUUCAGGUCCUUAGUGAUGCAGAACGAUGCAAUGACUACACUUAUGUUCUUGACAUUCUUCACACCCUUGAAGUGUUUGGUGGGACUUUGGAUGAACAUAUGCAUCUUCUACUUCCUGCUCUUGUGCGUUUAUUUAAAGUGGAUGCUUCGGUAGACAUCAGACGUGCUGCAAUAAAAACAUUGACAAGAUUGAUCCCCCGUGUGCAGGUCACUGGUCACAUAUCUUCUCUUGUGCAUCACCUGAAGCUAGUUUUGGAUGGGAAAAAUGAUGAGCUCCGAAAGGAUGCCAUUGAUGCACUUUGUUGUCUGGCUCAUGCCCUUGGCGAGGAUUUCUCACUUUUUGUUCCGUCCAUACACAAGCUUUUACUUAAAUAUCGCUUACGGCACAAGGAAUUUGAGGAAAUUGAAGGGCAUCUUCAAAGGCGGGAACCAUUAAUCCUUGGCAGCACAGCUAUUCAAAGAUUGAAUCGACGUCCUCCUGUUGAGGUCAUCAGCGACCCUUUGGAUGAUGUGGAGAAUGAUCCUUAUGAAGAUGGAUCUGAUGUCCAGAAACUAAGAGGCCAUCAGGUCAAUGAUGGUCGCUUGCGGACAGCAGGGGAGGCUUCUCAGCGAAGUACUAAAGAAGAUUGGGCAGAAUGGAUGAGGCAUUUUAGCAUUCAACUGCUAAAGGAAUCUCCUUCACCAGCCCUUCGAACCUGUGCUAGGCUCGCACAAUUGCAGCCUUUUGUUGGGAGAGAGUUGUUUGCAGCUGGAUUUGUCAGCUGUUGGGCACAGCUGAAUGAGGGUAGCCAAAAACAGUUGGUCAGAAAUCUAGAAAUGGCCUUUUCAUCUCCAAAUAUUCCUCCUGAAAUUUUGGCAACUCUUCUUAACUUGGCUGAGUUCAUGGAGCAUGAUGAAAAACCUCUUCCAAUAGACAUUCGCCUUCUUGGUGCUCUUGCUGAAAAGUGUCGAGCUUUUGCAAAAGCCUUGCACUACAAAGAAAUGGAAUUUGAAGAAGCACGCUCUAAGAAGAUGGAUGCAAACCCAGUAGCUGUAGUUGAAGCUCUGAUUCAUAUAAACAACCAAUUACACCAACAUGAGGCUGCAGUUGGGAUAUUGACCCAUGCUCAACAGCACCUAGAUUUUCAGCUAAAGGAGUCAUGGUAUGAGAAACUGCAGAGAUGGGAUGAUGCCCUCAAGGCUUAUACUGCAAAGGCCUCCCAAGCAACAAGUCCACAUCUUGUCUUGGAUGCUACUUUAGGACGAAUGAGAUGUCUUGCUGCAUUGGCUCGCUGGGAGGAGCUGAAUAACCUAUGUAAAGAAUAUUGGACCCCGGCUGAGCCAGCUGCUCGUCUUGAAAUGGCGCCAAUGGCUGCAAACGCUGCUUGGAACAUGGGAGAAUGGGACCAAAUGGCUGAAUAUGUGUCUCGAUUAGAUGAUGGUGAUGAAACAAAACUUAGAGGAUUAGGGAAUACUGCUUCCAGUGGUGAUGGAAGCAGUAAUGGUACUUUCUUCAGAGCUGUUCUCUUAGUUCGUAGAGGAAAGCAUGAUGAAGCACGGGAAUAUGUUGAAAGGGCUAGAAAAUGUUUGGCCACGGAGCUUGCUGCUUUGGUCUUGGAGAGCUAUGAACGUGCUUACAGCAAUAUGGUUCGUGUUCAGCAACUGUCAGAGCUAGAAGAGGUAAUUGAUUACUGUAUCCUUCCAAUGGGAGAUCCUGUUGCUGAAGGGCGACGAGCUCUUAUUCGCAAUAUGUGGACGCAGCGUAUACAAGGAGCAAAACGCAAUGUUGAGGUUUGGCAGGCACUUCUGGUUGUUAGAGCACUUGUACUGCCUCCUUCAGAAGACAUUGAAACUUGGCUCAAGUUUGCUUCACUUUGCAGAAAAAGUGGGCGCAUUAGUCAGGCUAGAUCUACUUUAGUUAAACUCUUGCAGUAUGAUCCUGAAAUUUCUCCUGAAAAUGUACGAUACCAUGGCCCUCCACAAGUAAUGCUGGCGUACUUAAAAUACCAGUAUUCACUUGGUGAGGAUCUGAAGCGUAGGGAGGCUUUUGUCAGGCUGCAGACUUUGGCUAUGGAGCUUUCGAGUUCAUCCAGCAUGCAACCAGUUACACCAUCAGGCUUUGCAAAUGCAGCCAAUCCAGGUGUUCCUCUCCUUGCUCGUGUGUUUCUGAUACUUGGAUCUUGGCAGUGGUCACUUUCGCCAGGGUUGGAUGAUGAGUCCAUACAAGAUAUACUUGCUGCAUUUACAAAGGCUACUCAGUAUGCAAAUAAAUGGGCCAAAGCUUGGCAUAAAUGGGCAUUGUUCAAUACCGCAGUGAUGUCCCAUUACACUGUAAGAGGUUUUCCUGAGGUAGCAGCACAAUUUGUUGUAGCAGCUGUCACUGGAUAUUUCCAUUCAAUAGCAUGUGGUGCCAAUGCUAAAGGUGUUGAUGAUAGUUUACAGGAUAUAUUGCGGCUUCUAACGUUAUGGUUUAACCAUGGUGCUACAAUAGAAGUUCAAAUGGCCCUAAAGAAGGGGUUCUCCCUUGUCAACAUCAACACCUGGCUAGUAGUUCUUCCUCAGAUAAUUGCCAGGAUACACUCUAAUAACCAUGCUGUAAGAGAAUUGAUACAGUCACUUUUGGUGCGAAUUGGGCAAAGUCAUCCACAGGCUCUCAUGUAUCCACUCCUUGUAGCGUGUAAAUCAAUAAGCAAUUUACGCAGAGCUGCAGCUCAGGAAGUUGUUGACAAAGUUCGGCAGCGUAGUGGUGUUCUUGUGGAUCAGGCUCAACUUGUUUCGCAAGAAUUAAUUAGGGUUGCAAUUCUUUGGCAUGAGAUGUGGCAUGAAGCCCUGGAAGAAGCUAGUCGUUUAUAUUUUGGUGAACAUAACAUAGAAGGGAUGCUAAAGGUGUUGGAGCCAUUGCAUGAGAUGCUUGAAGAAGGCGCUAUGAGAAACAAUGUCACAAUAAAAGAGAGAAUAUUUAUUGAGGCCUAUCGACAGGAGCUGUUAGAGGCUUAUGAGUGCUGUGUGAAAUAUAAGAGUACUGGGAAAGAUGCUGAGCUAACCCAGGCGUGGGAUAUCUAUUAUCAUGUGUUUAGAAAGAUAGAUAAGCAGCUCCAAAGUCUUACAACCUUGGACUUGGAGUCUGUCUCUCCGGAAUUGCUUGAAUGCCGCAAUUUGGAGCUUGCUGUUCCUGGGACAUAUGUAGCUGAUGCACCAGUGGUAACAAUUGCAUCAUUUGCACGUCAACUUGUGGUUAUAACAUCUAAGCAACGACCCAGGAAAUUGACCAUUCAUGGGAGUGAUGGUGAAGACUAUGCUUUCUUAUUGAAGGGACAUGAGGAUUUACGCCAGGAUGAACGUGUCAUGCAGCUUUUUGGCCUGGUGAACACUCUGCUCGAGAAUUCUAGGAAGACGUCUGAGAAAGAUUUGUCCAUUCAACGAUAUUCUGUAAUUCCUUUAUCUCCAAACAGUGGGUUGAUCGGAUGGGUCCCUAAUUGUGACACCUUGCAUCAUCUAAUUCGGGAGUACAGGGAUGCUAGGAAGAUAACCUUGAAUCAGGAACACAAAUAUAUGCUCAGUUUUGCACCCGACUAUGAUCAUUUGCCUCUUGUAGCUAAGGUUGAGGUGUUUGAGUAUGCUUUGCAAAAUACUGAAGGAAAUGACUUGGCAAGGGUGCUUUGGUUGAAAAGUCGAACAUCUGAGGUAUGGCUUGAGAGAAGGACAAAUUACACUAGGAGCUUGGCUGUCAUGAGUAUGGUCGGUUACCUCCUUGGCUUAGGUGAUCGUCAUCCAAGCAACCUUAUGUUACACCGGUUUAGUGGGAAGAUUUUACACAUAGAUUUUGGAGACUGUUUUGAAGCAUCGAUGAAUCGUGAGAAGUUCCCUGAGAAGGUUCCUUUUCGCUUGACAAGGAUGCUUGUGAAAGCUAUGGAAGUUAGUGGUAUUGAAGGAAACUUCCGCUCAACAUGUGAAAAUGUAAUGCAAGUUCUGCGAUCUAAUAAAGAUAGUGUUAUGGCUAUGAUGGAGGCCUUUGUACAUGAUCCUCUCAUCAAUUGGCGUCUUUUCAACUUCAAUGAAGUUCCACAAAUGUCGAUGCUUACCAGUAAUCAUGUACCUGCUGUUGUGAAUACUGAAGAAUCUGCCACAAAUAGAGAGCUUCCUCAUCCUCAACGAGGUGCUCGUGAGAGGGAACUUCUUCAGGCUGUCAACCAGCUUGGUGAUGCUAAUGAGGUCCUGAAUGAGCGAGCGGUAGUUGUUAUGGCUCGCAUGAGUCAUAAGCUUACAGGACGGGACUUUUCAACUUGUUCUUCGGUUUCAUCUGGCUCUAUACAACAUGCAGUAGAUCAUAGCAGCUUAAUUGCUGGAGACACUCGUGAAGUUGAUCAUGGCUUAUCAGUGAAAUUGCAAGUUCAAAAGUUAAUUAACCAAGCAACCUCACAUGAAAAUUUGUGCCAAAAUUAUGUCGGGUGGUGCCCUUUCUGGUGAUCCAGAGGAGCAGAGUAUAUAUUGUACAUGUUGUACAUAGUGAAAUCCUUUCUUCUCCGAAUGUAUAAUUUGUAGCAUAUGAUGUGGUGAUUUUACCUGCCUUGUACAGUCAUUUAUUUCCUGCCAGCUCAUAAGAAAUGGUGUAGGAUUUAAGCAAAUGCUUCAUCCUUGUAGGUUAGAUAUUAUAUUCGAUUAGGUCUUCUGUAAAUGUCCUUUCCCUCUCUAAUGCUAAACCCACGAGGUGCAUAAGGUUUUCGCUGGAGAUUCUAGCAACGAAACCAUUGUGAUUAUUAUUGUUGGAAAUGAAUAACUUAAAUGUUAUUGCUAAAAA